CAACGUGAAGCUUAUAGGCUUUGUACUGAGGCUGAAUUAAAUGAGCAAGCUAAUCCUCGACGUAAAGCUCAACAAGCUCAUAAACCUAAUGCUGCCUGUAUGCAGAAAGAAGAAAAAGUAGCUGGUAGUGCACUUGCUCCAAUUUUCAGUACCUGUUGUGCUAAUGGAAAAAUAACAUUGCCACCUAUUAAUCAACCACCAGAACCCUUGCUUUCAUUGCUCAUCAGAGAAGAUGAUAUUGUGCUUUACAAACAAAAUAGUAGUUUGCAACGUAUUUCACAAACAUACUCUUCUUAUAUUCCAUUGCAUUAUGUAUUACUUUUUCCACAUAGAGAUCCAGGUUGGCAUCCUUAUAUUUUCACAAAUAAUACGGUUUAUCAUUACAACAAUAUAGUCCAACAGUUUCAACAAUAUAUAGUUGAUGCAUAUACUUGCAUUGAGCAAAAUUGCCUUAAUUAUCUAAAGUAUAAUCAAAAAAAGAUUCAUGCUGAACUAUAUAGUAGACUACAAGAUGCACUUUCUGCUCAUAAUGAAAUACCCCAGACAGGAUCACAGGUUGGUCAUCGAAUUGUACUUCCAUUCAGUUUUGUUGGCGGACCUCACCACAUACAACAAUUAUAUCAAGAUGCAAUAACUAUUGUUAAACAAAUAAGAAAACUGAAUCUAUUUAUCACAAUGACAUAUAAUCUGAAUUGGCCAGAAAUUCAUUUAGCUUUACUGUCAGCUCUCCUCAAAGACAUUCUUAAAAAUAAUAUUUUUGGUAAAUCUCUUGCUUAUAUUUAUGUUAUUGAAUUACAAAAGUGUGGUCUCUUGCAUGCGUACAUGUUGAUUAUAUUGUCACCUAAUAACAAACCAAAUACAACAGAAGAUUAUGAUCGCAUUGUAUCAGCAGAAAUUCCAAAUCCUCAUGAUCUUCCACUUGAAUAUGCAACUGUGAUACAAUAUAUGAUGCAUGAACCAUGUGAAAAAUAUAAUAUGACUACAUUAUGCAUGAAAGAUAGUAAAUGUUCAAAAGGUUAUCCAAAGCCCUUUCAAGCAGUAACCAAUCAAAAUGAAAAUGGUUAUCAUAUAUAUCGUCGACAUUUUAAUAGCCAUACUGUUAAAGUCAAAGAAAUUGAAACCUACACUCUGCAUGAAUUAGAAGAUAUCCUUAUGCAGCAAGGCAAAUUAUUAAAAGAUUUUUCUGAUAUGCCAAUUCCUACUACCAUAUAUAAUCUUGCUAAUUGCUUAUUAAAUGAAGAACUAAAUUACAACCAAGCUAUGCUUCAUGUUUUUCUUAACCAAAAUCUUUCAUGCCUUAAUGAAGAUUAA